CACUGCACUGACGUUACAAAGGUCUACAAUCUACAAUUAUUCUAAAGAUUGUCAGAUUGUCAAAUUUCGCUAGUAAAUCAACUUUUGAGUGAUGCGUUAAAGUUGAUAUGAAGUGUAUUUACUUUAUGCGCUAUAACGCAAAAGGUUUAGAUUUGAUAUGUUGUACAGCGUGAUCCAAAUUCGAGAAAAUUUAGGGUUAUUUCGAAAAUUACGAAAGACAGAAAAAGCAGAUAUACUUUUUUCUGGUCUUGUUUUUAGAGAAAAGGCCAAUUGCACAAACCAGCCUGUUGUCUAUUUCCAUUGCAAAGAUAUAGAGCAUUUUUCAAAAAAAAAUUCAGUUUCCACCAACAGCUGUAUCUUAUUAUGUAGAACCGAAAAACGGUAAAAACUUUUUAAGUAGAAAGACAAAAAAUGGAGUAGAAAAAAACAAUCAUAGGCUUGUGACUUUUUAGUUGAAACACGCUGUAUAUUUUUUAUCGCCUUAUUAAAAUUUAAAAUAGUUUUCCAUUGAUAUAUAAUAAAUAAUACAUUUUUUGAAAGUCUGAACAUAGUUUUCAUAAAAAAAAUUCGAUGGCCAUGGGAAUUAUUGGAAUAUCUUAAGCAAAUGUUACGUUACACCAAUUUAGAAGGUACAGUGUCAAAAUGAUGUCUACAAUUAUCUAUUUUUCCUGAUGGAGCAAUAUUCCUUCGUUGGGACACUAUGUAUAUUUGUUCUGUAAUUUUCUACUACUUAUACAUUUUACGAUUUUCAUAAUGUGCUAAAGUAAUGUGUACCUACAUUAUAGGUAAUUUAUAUUUUUAUAAUAUUUAGUUUACCAAAUAUUUAUUGUAUUAGUAAUAGCCUAAUAAGUCGCGGUAUGUUAUAUUCGUACAGCGACGAUUUAAGAAUUGGUUCAUUAACUUACAUCAGACUUGACACGGGUACGAAGUGGUUCUGCUGCUGAGGCCAGGUUAUGAGAGUGUUCAACACGUAUGAAUUUUGAUGUUUUGAAAUUUUAUGCAGCACUAACAUAUAACUGAAUAUGGCCAACGAUAGACCCUUUGGGUACCGCAUGCAGUUAUACUCUGAAACAGGAUAUAAUUUGACAGUUAGAAAUACAGGCGAAAUAUUAGGAACUCAAGACGAUGGAGAUGUAGACAGUCACAUAGAAUUAUGUGGUGGAGGAGAUGUCAGUCACAUAAGACUUCUUGGAUUGAACAGUAAUCUCUAUAUCUGUUUUAGAAGCAAUGGUGAAUUGUAUGGAGAAAGCGAUCCCUCAAAUCGAGGUACAAUUUUCAUCGAGGAAUUCCAAGGAUCUUACUCGGCCUACAAAUCUGCUCUUUAUCCAGAAUGGUACAUUGGAAUAAAGAACAAUGGCUCACCCAAGAAGGGUUUUAGAACGAAAUAUGGACAGAAGGCUAUAAAAUAUUUACCAAGGAGACUCUAAUAUUUAGAAUAGAUAUUAAUAAUAACGCCUACAGUAUUAUUUAUUAAUUUAUUUUUAUUUAAAGAUAUAUUCUUAUCUUAUAUGUUUGUAGUAACAAUGUUGCAGUAUGAAAACCUGUUUCUAUCUUUUUAUAAAAACUAUUUCAAGUUUAAUUUCUUUAUCAGAUUUGGUGAAACAUGCGUUAAUAAAUCUACAGUCUGUUUAGAAAACAUUAAAUGAUUUCCCUUUGAAAUUUAAUUCUUAAGAACAUUAUAGCGGUUUGAGUUUCAGAAAAACGUCUUUUUAUUUCAAGAUAAUGUUAUAAUAAAAGUUUAGAAACAUUAAUUGCCAACAAUAAUUACAAAAAAUGGUCAAAUUGAAAAUCAUUUAUUGAUUGUUAGUACACUAAACGGUGAACAAAUUCAUGAAGAUCAAAAUAUUCCCAAUGAGGAAUUAUUGUUCCAGGGUGGCUAAUUUAUUACUUAUAUCUAAUGUCUUUCCUAACUGAUGGAGUUGUUUGAUUUUUUCUUCUGAAAAUGGAAUCCCUACUUUACUUUAGAAAAGAAAAAAGUCUAAAGAGAUUUUUACCUCUUUAGACUUUUAGACUAAAAUUUAAAAAAAGUUAAAAACAAUCUUGACAUUUUUCUUAAAACGUAAACGUUUUGGUUUACACGCAGUAUUUCUGACUGUAAAUAAUGUUAAACUUUAAUAGUCGAUAAAAUAAUGCAUCCUAUGACAAAAAGUUCAUUCAAGUUUUAUUUUUGAUGCAGUGUGUUGAACUUUUAAAAAAAUAUUUCACAUUUAUUCUGAUACCUCUUAAGGCUGGCGUUUUAUAGACAUAAAAUCGGGCUUUUAGUAAGACAAUGAUAGAACAAGUAGAUCCAUCCAGGAAGUGAUGAAAAGUAACUUAACUAGAGCAACUACCUUUAAUUUUUCGCAUUGAAAAAUCACGGAGAACUGUAUAUUUCCUAUUUUAUCUACCGUACGCAAUUUUUUGUAUGCGUCUAAAAUUCAGGAAACGUAAAAUAA